UAUCCAGUAACCUUCAUGUGAAUUAUCCAAACAACUUAAAACAUUUUUCUUUAAUAAGGAAGUUUCAAGUUCUGGUCUCGUCCAAAAUGAGCGAAACCAGUUUUUCCAUGAUUCAUCCAACUUCUUCCAAAUGUCAAUUUCCUUCCCCUCGUCACACAGGCAUCACACAUCCUGUUGUGGCCAAAAGGAUCAGUUUCUACAAGAGUGGAGAUCCGCAGUUUGGCGGGGUCAGAGUGGUAGUCAAUCCUCGUUCCUUUAAGACAUUUGAUGCUUUGCUUGAUAACUUGUCAAGGAAGGUUUCUCUACCCUUCGGGGUGAGGAAUAUCAGCACCCCUCGGGGAAGGCACAGCAUCACGCGCCUAGAGGAGCUGGAGGACGGCGAGUCGUACCUGUGCUCCCAUAGCAGGAAGAUGCAGCCGGUGGAUCUGGUUAAGGCCCGCUGGCGCCCACCGCCCUGGCGCAGCAGCGGGGCCAUCAGCACGCAUGCGCACCACCUCCCCGCCGCGCCUGUUCCCGGCAUGCUGCACGCCUCGCGGCGACUUGUGGUUUUCAAGAAUGGUAAUCCGAAGGCAAAGCGCGUGGUCCUUCUGAGCAAGAGGGUCACCCAGACUUUUGAGGCCUUUCUGCAGCACGUGACAGAGGUCAUGCAGUGCCGCGUGACCAAGCUGUACGCCACAGACGGAAGGAAGGUUCCCAGUCUCCAGGCUGUGCUUCUGAGCUCUGGAGCUGUGGUGGCAGCAGGAAGGGAACCAUUUAAACCAGGAAAUUAUGACACCCCAAAAUACUUGCUUCCUGCUAGAUUACCAGGGAUCUCUCAUCGUGUGUACCCUCAGGGAAAUACUAUGUCAGAAAACAGAAAGAUGAGUGCACAUGUGCCUUCGAGCCCAAGGUCCCAGAUUUAUUCUGCUUCAUCUGACAAAAUGCAUAAUAAUGAUUGCCACUCAGACCAUUCUUUUGCUCCUGAAAAUGACUUGGCCUUAGAAAAAAAGGAUUCUCAGAAUUUAUUGAUAUAUCCUUCCAAAGAUGAUAUUGAGAAAUCAAUUAUUUUUAAUCAAGAUGGCACCAUGACAGUUGAGAUGAAAGUUCGAUUCAAGAUAAAAGAAGAGGAAACAGUAAAAUGGACAACCAGUGUCAGUAGAGCUGGUCUUUCUAAUAAUGAUGAAAAGAGUGAGCUCAGCAGUUUUCCAGGAAGAACAGAUGGCCUGUCAUCUGGUUUAAAGAUUGCAGCAUGUUCAUUGUCUGCAGAUGUCGUACCUCUGGAGAAAGGCAAUAUUCAAGAGGGCAGUUUGGCAGAGGAGAUAAACACUAAAAUGACAGAUCAAGAGGCUGAAACUUGCAGUUCUUCUAGGUGGGAGAAUGCUGCUAUGGACACAAAUGCUAUCCAUGGAACUCAGGAUCAAGUGAAGCAUCAUUUUUACAGGCCCCCUACACCUGGACCAAAGAGAGUAAGACAAAAGAAAUCUGUGAUAGGGAGUGUGACCUUAGUAUCUGAAACUGAAGUUCAAGAGAAAAUGAUUGGACAGUUUUCCUAUAAUGAAGAAAGGAAAGAUGGGGAAAACAAAUCUGAGUAUCACAUGUUUACACAUUCUUGCAGUAAAAUGUCAUCAGUAUCUAACAAACCAGUACUUGUUCAGAGAGAUAACAAUGAACAGAUGGAGUUAUCUUUAGAAAGAAAAAAGGAAAGCAGACAACUCAAGUCAAAUGCAAUAAGUGCUGGUGUUGUAGAAAUUACAAAUCAGAAGAUGUUAGACAUGUCCCAUAAUAAUGCCUUGCCACAUACUAUAUUAGAAAACUUAAUUGUGGAGGAUGGUAUAGUUGAUAGUGUAACACCAGAAAACAAAACUAGUAUCAAGAACUUAAGAACUUAUAGUAAUACUAAUGAUAGGUUCUGUCCUAGUUUAGCAGAUGCAAUUCAUUCUUCAAGUCACAACUCUGGAACUGGCAAAACUAUUUCUGAGACCCCAGCUUCAGUAGGAUCCUCUACUCUCACCACAAGAAUUGACAGACGAAUAAAUGAAUUUGCUCAAUGUAGUUUAACAAAAUUUCCAGAAAAUGAAAAGCAGAUUUCAUCAUCUGCCAGCAAAAAGAAGAUGAAAUCUCAGCAGCAAGUGAUAAAUUAUAGUCAUCAGGAUGGGGAUAUUGCAACUAAAGGAAUCUCCCAUAAGAUUAAGAGAAUAAACACAAGAGGUAGAAUAGCACAGAAAACCAUAUUGCAAGAUUCACACAGUCCCAUUAAAGGAGGGUUACUUUGUGAGGAAGAUCUCCAUGCAAAUGAUUUGGUAAUUGAAGCAAAUUAUUUUUGUUCCAAAAGUAAUCUCAAUUCUGUGAAUUCAACAAAUAUGCAAAAUCCUAAGGUUCAAGGACUUUUAACUAAAAGGAAAUCCAGAUCACUAAACAAAGUAAGCUUAGGAGGACCUACAAAAAGAGAAUUUGGUCAAGGAGAUAAAGUAUUUCCCCAUAAUGAAUUCAGAUAUUGCAAAAAUACUUCUGAAAAUAAAAAUUUAUUUCAUGUGCUUAACUUUCUUGAGCAAAAACCCGGUGCUUUUUGUGGAUCACAGGCUCAAGCAGAAAUAGCAUGUUGGUAUUUGAGAGGAAUGACAAAGAAGAGUUUAGUUUCAAAAGUUAAUAAUUCACACAUAACUUUAAAAAGCCAGAAAAAACAAAAAGCGGGUAAGUUGAAAUCAGGUACUAUUGUAAGUAAACAACAUGUUACAACCAGGGCAAAUUCCUUGCCUUCUUUGAAAAAAGCCAUUUUUCCUGAGGAUAUUACCCAUCAUUCAGUUCAAAAUUAUAUACAGAGAUGGUUGCAGAACAUAAAUCCACAUUCAACUUUGCAUCCUAGAAAAUCAGUUCCAAUAUGCAAAAAGGAAAGGAAUGUGGUAAGUUGUAACAAUGGUUUUCCAGGAAAUAAUUCCCACGCAAGUUCUGAAAAAGGAAAUAAUUUUGUCAUGGAAAGUAAUAAGCACAUAACUAAAAAUGCCAGUUUGAUAGGAGAUAAUCUAGGUAAAGAGGUAGGUAAAUCUUUUGACAAAAACAACAUUGAAGAACUUAAUAGAGAUCUCUACAAGAGCCAGGCUGAAUCUCAGAGUGAUGCUUACUUGCUUUCCCUGCAUGAAUGUUGUACUUUGUCACAGUCAGCUAUUGAUAAUCAUAAUACUAAAAGUCAGGUAUCUGUUGAAAAGUUAGGACCAGAGGUAAGUCUUGUUUACCCAGAAAUAAACGUAGCUACAAAAGGGCAAAGUGUAGAUGCUGCCAUUCAAGUAGAUCCAAUGGAAGAGGCCACUCCAAAAGAUCUGUUACCAGUUCUAUUGCUUCGCCAACUGCAAGCUUUAGUUCCCAGUAUUCACAAGACUCAGAAUGGUGGUGUUCAAAUGCCAGGUUCACUUGUAGAUGUUCCCUUCCCUUCCCAAAUAUGUAAUUCCUCCACUAAUGUCCUUCUAGCUUGGCUCCUGGUGUUAAACCUAAAGGAAAGUAUGAAUAGCUUCUGUCAAGGUGAUGCUCACAAGACUACCAAGAGAACUUCAGAAAUACUUGCAUUGUUGGAGGUUCUAAGGCAUAUUGCUAUUACAGAGGAAGCUGAUGACUUGAAGGCUGCUGUUGCCCAUUUAGUGGAGUCAACUACAAAUCCCUUUGGACUCACUGAGAGAGAACAAGACAUGGUUCCUAUAGGUCUCUCUGCAGAUUGUUCCACUCUCAACAUUCAGAGAGUUCUUAAGUGUAAUGAAAAUGAAAAAACACAGAAAAUCUUCUCUUUAGGUGGAGGCUACUUUGCCAGUGAGGACUGUGCUCCUGAAGUCUAUUUUUCAGAGAUGACUUGCUCUCCAUGUGAAAUGUGCACUGUGAGUAAGAUUUAUCCUUCAAACGAGACUUGGAACCUCAGUGGCAUUUUUUCCCCUAGUGAUGGCUGUACCAUUGAUCAGACCUCUAUGAAUAAGGCUUGUUUCCUAGGAGAGGCCUGUUCACUUACUGAUGCUGUGUCUUCCUAUAAGACUUGUGCUCAUGAGGAAAGCCAUACCUAUGAGACAGCUUGCCCAGUUGACGAGGCCUACAUUCCCGUCAAAGACUGCAAUACCAAUGACUUUUUAAAUUCUAGUGAAAACACAUAUACUGAUAAUAUGGAAUUGACUGAAGAUUUAGAAAGAGUUGAUAAAGUUCAGAAAGACCUACAUAUUUUGGCAGACCUUGAGUGUAAACAUGACUUGAAUAUAUUGCUGUCACACCAAAAUAGCAAUUUAAGCCACAAUGGCUUUUUCCAAAAUGCAACUCAAACAGAAUUUGAUAAGGAACACAGUUUUCUAGAUGAAUUUGAAAAUUGUUCAUUAAAGAAAUUUCAGGCAAAAAAUGCAUAUACAUCCUUUGAUAAGGAAGAAUCAAAGACUUCUGAAGAACCAGGCUCAGUAACCAACAGUAUGACAUCAAGUGAAAAAACCAUUUCAGAGUUGGAAUCGUUUGAAGAAUUAGAAAAGCAAGACAUUGAUUUCUUUAAUACAAAGGUAAAUACAGGAAAGCAAGUCACUAAAGAAUUGAUCCAAAAAGAUUUAGAGGCUAGUAAAAAUUUGGGCUUUAUAGAAAUCUCUAGCAGGAACAUGACAGAAGAAGAAAGGAAGAAUAGUGUAAUUUGUGAGACAAUCAGUGGGAGGUUGGCAGCACCAUCACCUUUACUGUUUUGCUAUGGUUCUAAGCAAAACACUGAAAAGGAGCUCAAUGAAGAAGAAACUAAAAUGAGAGUGAAAAUGAUGGUGAAAAGCAUGGAAAUUGGGAGUUGUUCAGAGUCCCCUCUUGAUUUUAAAAACUUCAGAAGACCAGUGACUUCUGAUUGGUCAGACUAUAGACAAGACAGUGAUAAUGAUCAGCCAUAUAAGACAUCCAGCGAUGGCCACAAAGAUGGUGAUGAGGAGCUUGCCCAAGAGAAAGAAUGCAAUAAAGGAUUUGUUGAAAGGGCAAUAGAAAAACUUUAUGGUAAAGUGGAGAUUGUUAAGCCAUCUUAUUUCCCUGGGUCUAUACACAGAUCUCAGUUUUGUCCUUAUAAUUCUAUGGAAGCUCAGUGUGCUAGAAAUGUAGGUCUUUAUGAUUCUGAAGGUCAAUCAUGUGGCUCUUCUGAACAGGUAUCUAGUGGUUCAUCUAUGUUGCAGAAAUUUCAGGAGGAAAGACAAGAUAAAUGUGACUUUAGUGGCAUGAGGGCCAAUUUUCAUGGGGGAGACAUUUUAGAACAUAGUUCAAAACAAAAUGAUCAUAACAGAAUCUUCAGGGACACAGAGGAAGGUGUACUGAUUGACAAAGGCAAGUGGCUCCUGAAAGAAAAUCAUUUGCUAAGAGUCUCAUCUCCUGAAAAUUCUGGCAUAUGUGGCAAUGCAGACACUGCAUCACUGGAUACUCUACUUGAUGAUAACAGCAAUGAGGUACUAUAUUCCCAUCUUGGAAAUUUGGCCCCAAGCCCAAACAUGGCUGAUCUAUCCUCUUCAGAAUUGGAGGAACUGACUCAACCCCUUGAACUGAAAUGCAGUUAUUUUAACAUGCCUCAUUGUAGUGACUCUGAGCCUUUUCAAGAGGAUUUGCUAGAUGUUCAAAAUGAAACAUGUGCCAAGGAGAAAAUACCAAAUCACCAUGCAGAGGAGAAAGGUAAUCAUAGGUUAGAAAGAGUAUGCACAUCUGUCACUCAUGUCUUUACAACUGCUGCCAACAAAAUCCAUCCUGUCUCUGAUGAUACUAUUAAAAACCAACCAUUGCCUGGAAAUAAUAUUCAUGGUGCACUUCAGGAAGGUGACUCUUUGGAUAAACUCUAUGCUAUUUGUGGUCAACAUUGCCCAAUACUAACAACUAUUAUCCAACCUAUAAAUGAGGAAGACCGAGGAUAUGCAUAUUGCAAAGACUCUGAUAUUGAAAAUUUCUUGGGCCUUCAUUUAUGGAUGAAAAUUCACCCAUAUUUAUUACAGUCAAACAAAACUAUGUUCAGAGAUGAGAACAAUAAAGCAUUUAUUGAUAAUUCCAUCAGCAAUACAUUCGAUCAACUUUAUUUCAAUAAAACAUUUGACUUGAUAGGUAAAAGAAGAAAAUUUAAAAAAGUUAACUUCUGGGACUCAGAGGAAGAAAAUAAUUUAAAGAAAUUUCAGCUAUAUUUAAUGAAAAGGUUUUGUAUGAAUUUCUUGCACAAAUCAUUGUUAGUUGUGGAUUAUGUGAGCUCAAAUAAACAAGACUCCAGCAAUGAAACAAAUGAAAUCAUUGAAGUAGUUGAUGAGAAUAACAACUUAUUAAACAACAGAUUCCAGAACUCAAGGACAAAUCUCAAUCAAGUAAUAAGAGAAUAUAUCAACUAUGAUUUCUCCUUUGAAAUGCAUGGUCAAGCCUGCCUAUUCUGCCAAGUUGAGACAUCCUUAAGUAUUAACAACAGAAAUGUAUUAAAAAUAUUUUAUGUUUUUGAGGAUGAGAAUCUUUUGAUUUGGGAAGAGAAAAACCAAUUAAACUUAACCAAUUUUGAAAGCAGUGAUGAACAGGAAAAUUUAUAAUUUCAAUAUCAGCACAGCCUUUCUUUGUCACGCAUUUUUUUCCCUCAUAAGAUUAAGCAAAUGGGAUGGAGAUGGACUAGAGAUAACCCAAGAGUUUCCCACUUCUUCAAAAUGAACUUACCCUAGAAAGCUUGCCCUUUGAUAAUCUGAUUUGACUUUCAUCAUUCCUCUGUUCUUCAUUUUUCCAACAAUUACAGACUCGGUUUGUAUUCUAUUAUUUUGGAAGUCUCUAUUUGUUUUUUUCCUGAUAAUAUUAAUAUAUAAUUUCUUUUAUCUGUGACUUUUCUCUUAGGACAUCAUAAAUGCCCUAAGGACAGGAAUUAUAUCCUUUUUCUUCUUUUUUGUGUUGUCAACUCAGUGCAAAAUGUAUAUUGAAUGCAUUGUUGAAUAAAUAGAAUAGACAUAGCCUUAAAGUACUUUAUUAACUUUACUGAUUUGAUAAAGGUAUGAUUGUAAGAUCUCCACAAUCAUCUCAUAAGUUUCUUGUGCCAAAUGUGUUCAAUCUAGUUUUCCUCAGAACAUCUGUUAAAUGAACUUGCAUUUACUUGUACCAAAAUAACAAAUUUGGUAUGAAGAAACUAAAAUAUGAUUACAUAAAUAAUACCUUUGGUUUUAGUUCAUCAUGAGUCAAAUCCAUGAAAAAUUAUGAAUUGCUAUUUAUUUCACCAGAUGAAGACUACCUCUACAUAGAGUAUGCUUUUCCUACAUUAAAUGAUAUACUCUUCUAAUUGAAACAUGGACGUUGUAAUGUUAUUUAAGCUCCUGUAAUGAGCAAUGAAUACUUUUGGUGAAAUGAAAGGGCUAAAAUUGUGGAGAAAUAACAGAAAGGGGAGAAGAGUUCAUGUUAAUUUUGUGUCUACUGUACCCAUAUAUGAGGGACUACAAUAGUCCUAGAUUUAUUAUAUGCAGUCAUUCCUUAUAAAGACAAUGUUUGACUUUGUUACUACCUUUUAGCAGAUGAGAGAACCUAGAAGCAGGGAACCAGCAUACUUUUGUCAGUGGUUCACAAUAGGUGUCUGUCAGGAUUAGUACCCGUCAUUCAUGCUUGAAAAUCAAUGCUUUUUUUACUACAUCUUUUUUUUUCCACAUGAGGAAGGAGGCAUAAAAUGUUUAAAAAUUAUGUAGCAUUCUCCCUAGAGCAGAGAGAUAAGGAAAUUAAUUUUCUUUUCAAUUUGGAAAGAGUGUGAUAUAUAGAUAUAUCAAGGAGAUUGGGAAAAUCAUAACAACUAGGAGUUUUUAGAAAACAUGGCAUGGCAGCAUAUAAUUUUUAGUAAUACUAUAUCAAACAGUGUCCUAGGUGGUCCAAAUGAUACUGGGAAAAAGAAAUUGAGAAUGAUGACUGUGUAAUGUAUGUCUUACUUAAAAUACACGUGUUCAUAUGCAUUGAAUUCAAACCACAUCUUAUUCAUGGUUAUAGCCCAGAUCUAGCAUAUUUCUUGGGACAUGGUAAACACCUAGUAAAAGUGUGUUGAAUGGAUAAGAAAUGCGUUUUCUUUAUGUCUUAUUAACUUUGGAUCCAUACAUGUAGAAGUAUAUGCAAAAACGAUGAAGGAUAGAACUAAGUUUCUUGUAUUUUAUGAAGCAAUAUAUAUUACAUUGUAUUUAUUUUGACAGUAGUAGUAUUUUAUAUUAAUUGUAGAUAUACAGCAUAGUGGUUAGA